AUGGACCCCAUUCUCAUCGUCGGCGCAGGCAUCGUCGGCCUUACUCUCGGCCAGGCCUUGAAACAGAAAAAAAUCCCCUUCCAGAUCUACGAACGCGACGCGACUCCCUCCGCCCGAGGCCAAGGCUGGGCCAUCACCCUGCACUGGGCCCUCCCCUAUCUCCAACAACUGCUGCCUGCGGACGUCCUUUCCGCAGUCUCCGACGUACAGGUUGAUCCGGAGAUCGCCAAAAACGACAAUGGAAACUUCCUCUUCGUCAACCUGGCGAAUGGCGAUCCGAAGUGGAAAAUCCCGCCGAGUGUGCGGUGGCGGGUGAACCGGGAGAAGAUGAGAUUGGCGUUGACGAGGGGGAUUGAGGGGGAUAUACACUGGGGGAGGAGGGCUGUCAGGAUCAACCUGGAUGAGGAGGACAAAGCCAAGUUGGUCUUGGAAGAUGGGAGUAUCGUGGCUGGCAAGAUGGUGGUGGGGAUAGAAGGCAGCCGGUCGAUGGUGAGGCAGAUGCUGUGCCCGGAUACAUACCACAACCAGCAGCUGCCCAUCCGGUUCACGGGCGUUGCAGUUGAUCUCAGCGAGGAGGAAAUAAAGCCCUUGCGAGCAAUGGAUCCGCUGCUCUUCCAAGGCUGUCAUCCAGAGACUGGGGAUUAUUUUUGGUUUUCCAUGCUGGACACGCCAGAGGUGAAUGGGAGUCGUGGAACUGCGAAUGAGAGAUACAGAGCGCAGAUCAACAUGUCCUGGCCUGUCCAUGGAAGCCGGGAUGAAGUUGCAUCAACGGAUGCAGGCAGAUUGGAGAAUAUGAAGCGACGCGCUCAGGUGUUUGUGCCGUUUCUCAGAGACGUCAUCCAUGCCAUACCGGAUGGAACGCCGGUGAUGGAGAUUAAACUAGCGGAUUGGGAGUGUUUGGACUGGGAUAAUCGUGGUGGACGAGUCAGCCUGGCUGGUGAUGCAGCGCAUGCCAUGACCAUGUAUCGCGGUGAAGCAGCAAACCACGGACUGUUGGAUGCAUUCUGGCUAGCCAACGCCAUUGAACGCAUUUAUUCAGAAGACACAGAUCUGAACACAGCCAUCGACGAAUACGAAAGGGAAAUGAGAGGACGAACCCGACAGGCAGUCAGGCUGAGCAGUCAAGCCUGUCGAGAUGCACAUGAUUGGAACAGACUGAACGAGUCAUCGGCGAUUCUGGCUAGAAGGGCCGUUAAGCCGUAA